AUGGCGGGUUUUUCCUUUGGCGGUUUUGGUUCCUCCGCUCCUGCUGGGGCGGCCCCAGCAGCAGGAGCCUUUUCCUUUGGAUCUGCCGGUCCAGCUCCUGGAGUACCAGCGCCAGCACCAGGGGGUUUCUCGUUUGGACCAGCGCCUGCUGCUCCUGCCCCGUCGAGCUAUUCCUUUGGAUCGUAUGGAGCCACACCAGCGCCUCCAGCAGCGGCACCGGGAGGAUUUUCUUUUGGUUCCCCAGGUGCAGCUCCAGGUACGGCGCCAGCUCCCUAUGGGUUUGGUCCAGGUGCAGCAGCGCCACAGCCAGGAGCCCCACAGCAACCUUCUGUCAUUUCGGGAGGGACUCCGUACAACAAUCUGCCACCGGAUAUCAAGGCAGCCAUCGAUAAGAUCCAUGAGGCCAUGAUGAAACACAAACGGACUGUGUUGGGAAUCCAGUCCAUUGGCCCGAGUCAACUCGAGACAACGCCAGGAUCGUCGACUGUCUCUCUCCCCAUGAAAAUCAAAAAGUUGAACGAGACUAUCAGUGAACUGGAGCGCAUGUCGCAGUUGCAGUCUGUAGCCGAUUCCAGUAAAAAAGAAUACGAACAGCUCUACAAACAAGCCACGAUCGGUCUCUGGAGCCUGGAACAAUUGGCAGUGCAGCGUGGAGUCCAAGUACGCGUUCGCAGCGAGCAAAAGCCGCAAGCGGAAACAGCCGACGCCAAAGCCCAGCUUCGAGAAGUUCUGGACCAGCAAAUGGCACACGUGGAUCGGUUCGAGCGAAUGCCUAGUCAGUACCUCUGGCAAGUGAUUCCGGACAUGAAGAAGCGUCUCCUGGCGUUGGAGCGACGCCUGUGGACGGCACAGCAACAACACCAAAAUGCUCUUCGGACGGCUCGUCCAGCCAAUAUUUCCAUUACCAUCCAAGAGCAACAAAAUCAAGUGCAUAGGGCCAACAAGUACUACGACAAAUUGCAAGUGGAAAUGGACAAAGUUCGAACGUUGUAUCGUUUUUACGAAAGGGGCGACAAUGUCUUGGAUCAGGCGGACCACGCUAAAAACAAGCGAGAAAGGGAAAUUUUAAAUGCAAUUUCAAUGCAAUUUGUUCAGGCGUCUGCUCCCGCGGGGGCUCCAGCAGUGGCUGCACCUGCUCCUUUUGGGCAGCCCUCAUCGACAGCCGCCGCUCCAAAACCACCAACUACGUCAUUUGGAGGGUUUGGCUUUGGGUCUCCUGCUCCCGCCCCGGCCACAGCUCCAUCAACAGGAUUUAGUUUCGGACCUACACCGGCACCAGCCGCUGGCGCUUUCACAGGCGCUGCCCCGGCCCCUCCUGUUUUUGGAAGCACUGCCCCCACGACUACGCCAGCUCCCUUGAGCUUUGGAUCGACAACAUCUUCUUCGUUUUCAUCGGCCACACCCAAAUCCAAGAGCAAGGGAAGAAGCAAGUCGAGAUCUGGGCGCUAG